AUUAAUCAUACAUACUCAUGCUCAUGGCAUGUCAGCAGUGUAAAGUUGGUAUUUUGCGGACGAUCCAUUCUAAACAAGACCCUUGUCUAGCUCGCCUCGGACUCUUCUUCUUUUUCUUUCUGCGUGCACCUGGAGCCCUGUAAUUGGCUCACUGGCACCUCUAGCUCCCCCUACAAGCCGGCAUCCGGCAACAGGGCGGGGGUUGCAAGCUUGGGCCCAGGGUAUUCCCUGCUUGUGGCUUGUCUUAGUACUCCCGGCCGACUUAGACAUGUCGUGUGCCCUCAGACUGUCAUUAACUCCGGGUACAGGCAGCGAAAAUACAGGCCCAAAAACCCAUGAAUUACCUAUCAUCGGUCACAGAUCAGAAACUGCCAAGCUGAGUUGUUGUUCUGAGCUGAGCUGAGCUUAGGCUAGCUGAGUCUUGUCUUGUACCUACCUAUGUAGCAGUCAAUAUCAAAUAUGUAUUCCCCGAGCGUUCCGUCCACCCUGUCUCUUUCUCUCUCUCUCUCUCUCUCUCUGUUGCAUCAAAACCCGUGUCUCCCCCAGCUACGAACUGACUUUGUUGUGUUCCCGCUUCUCUCUAUUACUCAGACGGAUCGCAUUGCAUCGCAUCGUAUACAUUAUACCCUUUUGCAUCUCUUUCUUCUUGUUUGCAUUGACUCGCUAUACGGAUAUCCUGACUUACACCUUUCCCAGGCUGCCUUCCAGGUACAUCUACGACCUCAUCACCAGCAACAAGUCUUAUACUUCAUUGCCACCCUAAACUAAACUUAGUUAUCUGCCGUUGAAACCUUGUUCGUCAUGGGAGUCGGUUCUUUUCUUGAGCCACUCAUCGUCGUGACUCUCCUCUUUGGGGGCGCCUACUUCAACAGAAGCAAGGACUACAAUUUCUGGACAAACAAGUCAGGAAUCGCCAGCAUCAAGAGUUAUAAACGCUCUGAUGACUUCCCGAAGAGAGACUCGACCGAUAGUCUAAUGAGCGGAUGGAGUGGUUCGCGAUCACCGAGUCUCGACUCGAGUUCUCGGCCGACUCUACGCCGUCGCAAGCUUCAAGUGCUUGGCUAUAAGCGCAUUGUUUCCACACCAAACACUCACAUAUUUGAGGAUCGACUCCUGAGCCGUCUUCUCAAGAAGUUGCCAUUCUUGGUCGAGUGUUGGUACUGGUUUCUCAUCUACUUUGUGUACCAGGUCGGUCGUGCUAUCACUGCGUUGACUCUCGAUGAGGGCACUGUCGAUAUCGCCCGUAGACAUGCUCUCCAAAUCAUCCAUCUCGAACAGCAGCUUCACAUCUUCUGGGAGAUAGACUUUCAGAAAUGGUUCCUCGCUCGACCUACUCUUCUCCACUGGAUAAACCGUAUCUACUCUUUCAUCCAUAUUCCUGGCACCAUUACCUUUCUCGUUGUCCUCUACUACUUUACCACCACCCGACAUCGUCGUUAUGCCGCUGGCCGUGUGAGAUCUGAUACCGUGGCUGCUGGUCCUGCUCUAUACGAAGCCCGUCGACGAACCAUGGCCAUGUGCAAUCUCCUUGCUUUCGUUGUCUUCACCAGCUGGCCUUGCAUGCCUCCCCGUCUUUUGAGCGAUCCUGAAUACAAGGGCCCUGAUGCUGAGGAGGCCAAGAGCUUUGGCUUUGUCGACAGUGUUCACAGCGGUACUGGAGAGAGCAGUGUCUGGACCACCAACCGAUUCUGCAACCAAUAUGCGGCCAUGCCAUCUCUGCAUUUUGGUUACUCUCUCCUUGUCGGCCUUACCGUCGCCACUGUCCCUAUUACCGGCCUGCGAUCCACCUCCUGGAAGCGAAUAAUGAUAGUUGCUGCGGGCAUGUCUUACCCAGCCUUGAUACUGACUGCCAUUGUCGCCACAGCCAACCACUUCAUCCUCGAUGCCGUAGCCGGUGCUAUGGUCUGCGCUAUUGCAUGGAACUGUAACGACUUCCUCCUCAACUUUUGCAUCCUGGAGGACUACUUCCUAUCCAUGCUUCGCCUUCACAAGCCAGUGAACUGGACCGACCCUGAAACAGCUGUCGAGCCUCAGUUCCAGACUGGUCUCCUGGGUGAAGACGUCUAAGGCGUGUAAAAGAGCUUUCGAGAACGAGCCCCACGAAUUUUCUUCCUAAAUACCCGACUCCGUUAAUACAUUUGUUUUUUUUUUUUUUCAAGAGGGGAGCCUUUGUCUUAUUUGCAUAAGUCGUUUCAGCCUCUUCAAAGCAUUCACAAGGUGUUCCAUGUCUGAACAGGAAUGAAUUGUGUGGACGUAGUGUUAGGUUUGGCGACGGUGGCAUGUUGCUAAUUUGAAGGAGUCGGGCCAUCGAUGUUCUGAGCAGUGGGGGGACUCUUAUUAGACCUGCACAGAAAGGGGUUCAGUAUACCACGCCAUGCGAUAUGGUAAAUAAACUGAGUCCAGUAAUACUACCAAAACGAAUAUUAUACUCUGUAUAUCAAGUGAGACUCGCUGCCGACACAUUCAAAUGUACUUUUAUGCCUCGAGUUGGAUGCAUAUGAGCGUUGACGAGAUACAAUGAAAGUUAUAUUUCCUAGGGCCACUCAAGUUAGACGAAUCUCAACUGAAACUCGACG